GAAGAAGAAUAGACACGAGAGAACUUGCAAGUCCCCAUCAGCUCAAGUGAAAGGUUACUGUGGAAGCGCACGUAUUGCAAGGUAGCUGUGUUGGAUGAAUAGCGGUGGAAUACACCCCUGGAUUUGACAUAUAGCUAGUUAGCCAGAUAACAUAAAUCGCUAACAUGACUAAGAAGAGGAAAAGGCAGGACGAUUUUCAGAAAGUCAAACUUAAGGUCGGAAAAAGGAAGCCCAAAGCUGAUAAUGCAACGGACGUCAACUUCAGGACUAAAGGCAUACAUCUCCCGGAGCAACUAAAGACCGAUGGUUCUGGACCCACUACUCAGCGUCACCUAAAUAUAAAGGACCUCCUGUCCCAGUUGCACCACUACAGUGGUGGAGUGAAGCAGGGGGCGCUGGUCGGGCUGCGGGAGCUGCUGUCCCUCCACCCCCACCUCCUGGACCAGCACCUGUCCAGCGUGCUGAGCGAGGUGGCCGCCGUCUUCACAGACAAGGACGCCACGGUCCGCGCGGCCUCCGUGCGCCUCCUCCGCUUUGUGGCCCAGUGCGUUCCCACCGAACGGGUGGCCCCCUUCUUCCCCCUCCUCAGCGCGCACCUCACCUGCGCCAUGACGCACAUUGUAGAGGGCAUCCAGGAGGACGCCCUGCGAGUGCUGGAUGUCCUGCUUGAGCAUUACCCUGCCCUGCUCUCUGCUCGCUGCACCGUGCUCCUCAGGAACUUCCUGGAGCUCAUCUCCCAGCGCCGCCUGUCACCGGCGGGGAAGGGCGGCGAGGAGCGGAAGGUGGGCGGCUGGUCCCUGUCCGUCGUCCCUGGCCGCACCGUCACAGCCCAGCAGUGGAGGCUCACGGUGCUCACAAGGCUGGGGGGCUUCCUCCAGGCAGUGGUGGAGGAGAGGCCGGCAGAGGAGAGGGGGUCCCUUGGGGACUUCCUAGACAGGGAAGAUAGAGGGCGUGGUGCUGUCACUCCCCUGGAGGUCACUUGGGAGGAACACACACUUCAGAAGGGUGGUCUUCAGGUGUACGAGAACUCUGGGGCCCAGCCAGCAGCGUCGUCCACAUUCCGACUGAGGCCCGAAACAGAGCCUGGGGCUGGAGUUGCAGAAGGACUGAUUUCAGUGGAGACCGUUAGGGGUUUUGCUGAAACGUUAGUGCCCUUGCUGCUGGAGGUGUGGGUGGAGGCCUCGACGAGUGAACAGGGAAAAACGGACAGUACCAACCUGCUUGCCCCUGAGUCCAUGUCCCUCAUGUACCAGGUCCUGACCAUCCUGCAGCUGCUGCGCCGCCUAACCCCAGCGCGCCACCAAAAGGACGACUUGGAUGCCUGGUUCCGCAGCUCAUACUUAAAUGACUUCAAGCACCACUUCAUGAAGAACUUCCCAUACGGUCUGCUGGAGGUCGCGAAACACAAGAAGAAGGGGGACAUGAAGAGGACCAAGCAGCAGGCGUCCGGGCUGGGCGGGGCCGCAGUGGAGCCCCUGGCGCUGAACGUCACGCUGUGCCAGGUGAUGGUGUCCCUCAGCUCCCGGCCGCAGGGUGGGCAGGACGCCGAGUGGCUGGGGCCCAUCGGGGCCUUUGUGCGGGAGACCCUGUCCAGCGGCGUCAAGCUCAGCUCCAGGCAUCUGGCCGCCCUGCUGGAGGUGGUGUGGAGGCUGGUGCUCACGCACAGGAGCAGAGCGGUGACAGAGGAGCUCCUGCAGGCAGUGCAUGUGCAGUACCAGCAGAGGAACCUGACUCUCCCCGUCAGGAUGCUGCUGCUGCGCUUCUUCAGCCGACUCUACCUGCAGGAGCACCAGGCACAGCCUCACAUAGCCAGGAGUAAGGUGCUCUCUCGCUGGCUGGCUGCCCUGCCCCUGCAGCUGGUGCAGCUGGGCUCACGGAACCCCCACCUGUCUGCACAGAUCCUGCACACCGUUCAGGCAGCAGCUGCGUGGAAGAACAAAGACCUGCUGCACAGCUUGCAGACGCACGCCUGCAGACUCUACGAUCCACAGGAGGGCAGUGUGGUGCUGUUGCCCAUGGAAUCGCAGCAGCGGCUAAUGGAGCUGGUGUACUUCCUGCCCCUGCUGCCCCCCGCCCUGCUGUCCUGUCUCAGCCGCUGCUGCACCACUGGGAGGAUCUCCGCCGGGCUGGCUGCGGCCCUCAUCCGGCUCGUGCACCUCAGGUCCUCUCUCUGCGGCUGGUCUGCGGGGAGACAGGAAGUAGCCGUGAGCGACGUGGAUUACUUCAGCUUCCUGUUCUCCACGCUCACAGGGUUCUCCUCAGAUAAACUGGCGGCCCUUCAGCACGCUGGCGAGGACACGGUGCUGCCACCAUCGCCCCUCUCGCCCCUCAGCGUGUACCCCACCCUGCAGGAGCAGUUCAGCCACCACUGGGUCAUCGUGGAGGAAGUGUGUCACUGCCUGGAGACUGUGGGUGCCCGUUCCCAGUGUUUUGAUGUGCUGCAGAAUGCCAUCUGCAAGAACCUGACGGGUCUGCAGGUGCUGCCUGACAGUACAGCAGCAGCGCUCCUGCGGGUGGUGUCCUGUCUGCUCGACCUGUCCUUCCUGCCCAACGAGGUCCUGCUGCGCUUCCUCAGCGACUGCUGCCUGAGCCUCCUCAGCCUGCUGGAGCAGGAGCAGGGCAUCACGGACAACAGCAAAAAGAGCGAGGCGGUGCGGGGCGUGUGCCUGGCGGCGCUCAGCGGCGUCCCCCGGCUGCUGAGGCUGGUGCUGCAGUCGCUGCACGUGUCGGACCUGUGCGAGGAGGAGUUCUCCCAGCUGGCCCAGAUGCUGUCCUUCCUGCUGCGGCAGAGCCAGCUCCGCAACCACAUGCUGGCCAACGCUGCCCUCCUGCAGCACGUCAUCCAGGACCUGACGCGCUAUUGUCAGGGUGAGGCACAGGAGCAGUGGCUGACUGACCUGCUUUACUGCUACAGCGUCACUCUGUCCACCCACCGCGGGAACCUGGGGCUCCGGGACAUAUACUGACCCCUGCCGACGCCUCUACCAUCCCCUGACCCCUCUAACCAACAGUAACCAGCCCAAGGCAACACACACCCCAACUGUUCUACCAUACGGUAAAUUAAAUCAACCCAUCACCUCUAUGAAACAGACUUUGGACCCCCCAACACAUCUCCCCCUGCUUCUAGCCAUACGUUGGACAACCGGACACCACCGCCGCCCUUCCCCCCCACACUGACUAUUAACAAAGCAUAAGACCCCCCCUACUUCCUUCGACCUUUGCUCCAUUACUCCUGUCCAUUGGUACUCCAAAUGUCCUGAGCUGACAUCAAGGUGUUUUUUCUUUUUUUUGCAUCUACAUAAGGCAGUUAUUCAAUUGUAUAACUGAAAACAAACAAAAAGAAAAUGUUUUUUUACAAUAAAAUGCAUCAAACUAAAAA